AUGGACGACGAGGAUUGCGUCACUGAUAAACUCAAACGGCGGAGACCAGCGGCUGACGAAACGGCGAUCAUCCUCUUAAACGUAACUGAAGAAGAAGAUUCUAGAAGGAUGGUGCUAUGGGAGAUAACUCUGGGAACAGCCUACUUCUUGGGGCUGAGGCGAACAUACAGGCUCGCCUUGAAGAUCCAACGUCGUAUUGUUAGUCCCAAGCAUCCCAAGAUCCGUCAAUUUCUUCAUCGGAGGACUCGUAAAAUCUUCGAUGUGGCGGUUUCCGUUCACAAGAACAUACAACAUAGAGACAUUGAAGUUGGUCGGAAUCUCGGCAACUGGAUUCUCCGUUGGCUCGACCGGAUGAAACCAGCUGCUCAGAUCCGUACUCGGCCUGAACCACCACACAACUCCAACUCCAACCUUGACAAGGCAAAAAGGCUACCUGAGUCGUCUCCUCCCAUAUCAAACACGACGCAGAGUCCACAAAAACGUGAAUCCGAUAGGCACUUGUUCUCUUCGUUGAAACACGUCCAGCACAGACCUUUCCCGACCGUCUCUAGGAUGAUCCAGUCGCCUAGACCUAAUGGAAUCACUACUCAGUACAGACAUUACAGUGCCUGUGCAGCCACCAGUCUGAUUCGUCCGAGCUAUGUUAGAGGCAGCGGGUUCGAUGGUGUAAUCAGGAAGGACAUUUUGCAGUGGAUGUUACAGAGAUGACAAUAAAGCAGCUAAUACCGUUAAAAUUUCAAUCUUAGUUGAGCACCUUUGUACUUUUAAUUCGAGAAACUAAUGUGAUUGUGGAUCAUAUUCGGAAGUAUGUCUAAACUUGUGUCUUAAUCAAGAAUCUGCGACCAAUGAUGUGAAGUUUCCAAGUGGGAAUUACGAUCACUAUGGCCAGCAUCCC